AUGGCCAUCACCAUUCUGCUCUACUCUCUCCUUCUCCGCCUCCUCGCCAUGCAGGCCGCGGCACAUGGCGGCGUCGGAGACGACGAUGACGAUGCAGGCGCGCUGAUCACGUCCUGCCUCGCGGCCGCCGGCGUGCACAACGUCACGACGCGCCAGUCGCCCGCGUACAGCGCCGCGCUGGCCUUCUCCGUCCAGAACCUCCGGUUCGCGGCCGAGUGCGCGGACGCUAGCCGAGGGCCUGCCGCCGUGGUCGUCCCGGCGUCUCUGGCCGAGCUGCGCGCCGCCGUGAGGUGCGCGCGGGAGUCCGAGCUGUUGGUCCGCCUCCGCAGCGGCGGCCACAGCUACGAGGGCCUCUCCUACACCACGGACGGUGUUGGCGACGCCGCCUUCGUCGUCGUCGACCUAGUGGCGCUCGACCGCGUCCAGGUGGACGCCGGGUCACGCACGGCGUGGGUCCAGUCCGGCGCGACGCUCGGGCAGGUUUACCACGCCAUCGCCGAGUCCAGCCGGACGCUCGCCUUCUCUGCUGGGUCGUGCCCCACGGUGGGCUCCGGCGGCCACAUCGCCGGCGGCGGGUUCGGGCUGCUGUCCCGCAAGUACGGGCUCGCCGGGGACAACGUGAUCGACGCCGUGCUGGUGGACGCCGACGGCCGCGUCCUGGACAGGGACGGCAUGGGCGAGGACGUCUUUUGGGCGAUCCGCGGUGGCGGGGGCGGCGCCUGGGGCGCUGUCUACGCGUGGCGCGUCCAGCUCAGCACGGUGCCGGAGCGCGUCACGGCGUUCGUCGUCAACCGUCCGGGCACCGUGGCUUCGGUGGCGCGUCUGGUCUCCAAGUGGCAGCACGUCUCGCCGUCGCUCCCCGACGAGUUCUACCUCUCGGCGUUCGUGGGUGCCGGCCUGCCGGAGUCGGACCGGACGUGCAUCUCCGUCACGUUCAAAGGGUUCUACCUCGGCCCGAGCCACGAAGCGAUGGAGAUACUCGCCGCACGGUUCCCCGAGAUCGGGCUGUCGGACCUGAGCCCAAGAGAGAUGAGCUGGAUCGAGUCCGUGGUGUUCUUCUCGGGCCUGCCCGAGGGGAGCUCCGCGUCGGACCUGACGGACCGGGUGCUCCACGGGAAGAACUACUUCAAGGCGAAGUCCGACUUCGUGCGCCGCCCGAUGGCCAUCGACGAGCUGGCCGGAUCCGUCGAGUUCCUGUCCAGGCAGCCCAAGGCGUACGUGAUCCUGGACCCCUACGGCGGCGCCAUGGACCGGUUCGGCGCCGCUGACCUGCCGUUCCCGCAUCGCAAGGGCAACAUCCACGGCAUCCAAUACCUGAUCGAGUGGAUGUCGGAUGACGACGGCCACAGCGAGGAGUACAUGGAUUGGUUGCGACGAUUCUACGACUUCAUGGGACCAUUCGUGUCGAGCAGUCCACGAACGGCGUACAUCAACUAUCUGGACCUUGAUCUUGGAACCAACAGCUGGUCUGCAGGUCCCAGGAUAGACGACGAUGGUAUUCCCAACCCACAAGUCGAGGCGGCGAGGAGUUGGGGCGAGAGGUAUUUCUUGAGCAACUACGACCGCCUCGUCCGCGCGAAGACCGCCAUUGAUCCAGAGAAUGUGUUCCGCAAUGCUCAGAGUAUCCCGCCCCUCUCAGCUCGAUCCCGAGAGACGACUAGGACUACACGUGGCAUCUCGCCCGAAGUCGCAGCUGAGGAGAAGGUAUCUGAUAGCUAG